AGGCCGUUUCCAAACGCUCUCUAUAUAUAGCAAUGCCAUCCCAGUGACUCCAAUGUCUGUCUCUCUCUCUCUCUCCCUCCGUGUAGCAAACAAAUUCAUCUCUCUCUGUCUCUCUCUCUCUCAAUGGCGAAAGCACCGGAAGAAGAGCACCCCGUGAAGGCGUUCGGAUGGGCGGCCAGGGACACUUCUGGAGUCCUGUCUCCGUUCAAUUUCUCUAGAAGGGUCACAAAAGAUGAAGAUGUGAGUUUCAAGAUUUUGUACUGUGGGAUUUGCCACUCUGAUCUUCACAGCGUGAAGAAUGACUGGGGAAAUUCCACUUAUCCCCUCCUCCCUGGGCAUGAGGUUGUGGGAGUGGUGACAGAAGUUGGCAGCAAGGUACAGAAGUACAAAGUUGGAGACAGAGUCGGGGUGGGUGGCAUGGUUGGAGCCUGUCACACAUGCGAAAACUGCGAGAACAACCUCGAAAACUACUGUCCCAAAGUGAUACUAACUUACAAUGCCGUGGAUUAUGACGGAACCAAGACAUACGGAGGUUAUUCUGAUCACAUGGUCGCUAACGAGCGCUAUAUCGUUCAGAUUCCUGACAAUCUGCCUCUUGAUGUUGCUGCUCCCCUCCUCUGUGCUGGGAUCACGACUUACAGCCCACUGAGAUAUUUCGGGCUUGAUAAGCCUGGUACGAAAGUGGGUGUGGUGGGGCUAGGUGGGUUGGGCCAUGUGGCUGUUAAAUUUGCCAAGGCUUUCGGAGCUAUAGUGACUGUUAUAAGUACCUCCCCCAGCAAGAAGCAGGAAGCUAUCGAAGCACUUGGUGCCGAUUCAUUCUUGGUCAGCGGUAAUCAAGACGAAAUGCAGGCUGCAAUGGGUACUUUGGAUGGAAUCAUUGACACAGUAUCUGCAUUUCAUGCGCUGGUACCAUUGUUGUUUCUGUUGAAGUCUCAUGGAAAGAUCAUCAUGGUUGGUGCUCCAGAAAAGCCACUCGAUUUACCGGUCUUUCCUUUGAUCAUGGGGAGGAAGAUGGUAGCUGGAAGUGGCGGUGGUGGAAUGAAGGAAACGCAAGAGAUGAUCGAUUUUGCUGGCAAACACAACAUUACUCCAAAAAUUGAGGUCAUUCCAAUGGACUAUGUGAACACAGCUAUGGAGCGUCUCGCCAAAGCUGAUGUUAAAUACCGGUUCGUCCUUGACAUUGGAAACACGCUGAAAGCUGCUUAGUCGAUCGACCUAGGUUAUUCUUCCGAGAUAUGAAUUACGUUGGUGGUGUGAUAUGGCCACGUGAAAGGGCGAAUUGGAUGGUGUGUAAUGUCUUGUUAAGUUUUUUUGUUGUUUGGCUUCUGUUGUCAGUUUUGAAAUAUUCUCUAUUUUUUUUUAAUAACGCAAUUAGUCGAUGAUCCGUUAGUUGUACAUUUCGCUUGGUAAGAGCUUGAUAUGUUUUUGUAUCUUGAUUGUGUUUACAUGUACUCUAUUCUAUGAUUUCCUAUUUUGGCAAAAAUAAUGUAUUCUAGUCAUGCUUUAGUUUAAAACUA